CUCUCUCUAAAUUUUUCUUUUCCUAUUUUUCUUCAGCUGAUAUCUGAUGACUCUAUAAACGGUUACUCAUACGAUUUUUCUCGUCGUAUCCCGUUCAUUUCUUUCUUCCUUCCGACGCACAAAACUCAAAAGAGAGAGGACAGUUUAAAAAAAAAAAUACAGAUAAAAAUAGUUGAGGUAUUUAAUAUAACUGGAGAGAGAAAGGAGGUGACUUUUCUCGUUUUUCUUGUUUCAGAGGCUGUUGACUGGUUCGGAAUUUUUUUUUUCUGUGAAAAAGUUCGGGUUUUGGGAAGUGGGUUUGGAUCAAAAUCGAAUCUUGACGAUCGGAUGAAGUAGUAGAGAGCUGUGAUUUUAUUGGAAAAGGGGGAGGGAUUGGAGAAAUUUUUUAUAUGGAUAGAUUAUGCUGCUUCAAGCCUGGAUGGUCUCAGUCGCCAGGACAUUCUUCAUCAAAUGUGGGUAAAGGAAAAAGUUAUCAAGGUAACAUCAGAGUUAGCUAUGGCUAUAGCCUUGUAAAAGGAAAGGCUAAUCAUCCUAUGGAGGAUUUUCAUGUUGCCAAAUUCGUCCAUGUUAAAGGGCAGGAGCUUGGCCUAUUUGCUGUUUUUGAUGGCCAUUUGGGAGAUAGUGUGGCUGCAUACUUACAGAAGCAUUUGUUUGCUAAUAUUCUAAAAGAGGAAGAAUUCUGGACCCAUCCUGAUAGAGCCAUUUCAAAAGCAUAUGACAAGACUGACAAGGCAAUUCUUUCUCACAGUCCUGAUCUUGGACGAGGUGGAUCUACUGCGGUUACUGCCAUUCUCAUAAAUGGCACAAAGCUGUGGAUAGCUAAUGUCGGUGAUUCACGAGGAGUUGUAGCAAAAGGUGGGAAAGCAAUACAACUGACUGUUUAG